AUGUUCGUUAAUAACUAUUGCUUGUCAAUGAAUUGUAUUGUUGCUCCACUUAAUGGUUGUGGAGGAAUAUACUUAGGAAAUGUAGAUGCUGCCUAAGACUCUCAAUUGCUCAAUUAAUACAAAAUUGGAGCUGUGUUGUAAAUAUUGGAUUAAUCAGUACCUGUCUAAGGAGCUUAAAAAUUAGUAAUAAAUAUAUAUAUACUUAGUGGAUAAUGGCUGAGGAUUCAGAAGACUUUCCUCUACAUAAAUACUUUGAUUAAAGUAUAAGAUUUAUAGAAAAUUAAAGUAAAAAAACCAAUGUGUUGGUCCAUUGUUAUGCUGGAAUAUCUAGAUCUGCUGCAAUUGUUGCUGCAUAUAUGAUGUAAAAAUAUAAUUGGAGUGUGAAUUAAACUAUGCUUCACAUCCAAAAUAAAAGAAGAAUUGUAAGUCCAAAUACUGGAUUUAUGAAACAAUUAAGAGAUUUUGAAAAAAAAUUGUCAAAUCAAGAAUAAUAAUUAUCAUUAAACUCAUUUAAAUUGGAUAGAUCAAAUUAUAGACCUAGUUCAGCCCUAUCAAAUUAUAAUAAAAUAAGUACGCCGAGUGCUAGUUCUAAAACAUCAUCCAGAUUAGAUGAUUUUAGUAGCAAGCUAGAUCAAUUUAGACACUUGUUAAGAGUAAAACAAAAAGCCUAUUGA